AUGAAUACAAGAAAAAGCAGAUUCCAGGACACUAGCUCUUUGACGAAUAAUUAUAGGAAAUCUUGUGAUAUAUGUAAAGCAGUACCAAACACAAAGUAAAUUUGACUAUAGGUGAGAAGAAAAAGAAACAUAUUGGGAUCUCAAGAAGAUAUACAUUAAAAUGGCCUAGUGAGCCAGCCUACCUUAGCACCUAACCUUUUGGAAGAGAGAUGGUGUUCGGGGAUGUGCAUUCUGCCAGAGCUUACUGGUUUGUUAGGGCCGACCGCAGCCUUAUUCCAGUCAAGGUUUUACCUUGGAGGAAGAUGAUGUUGGAGUAUGAAAGGAGUGUCCCAGCAACACCAAAGAGGUUCCUCCUGGCUAAUGGGAACUUUUCCCAGCGCGAUAUCAGGCGUUACAUCCUGGACUACGAAUUUUCUCGAAGCCAAACCUCGUUGGCGUACGGACGGUGACCCAGCACUUCUGACUCACAGGUAGCGAGUGCAAGCCCUCAUCUGUGAGAAAUAACACAACAAGGCCGUGCUUGGACUGGCAAGCAAGCGGUGCAGCCGUGAAUGUGGUUCGGAAGGUCCUCUUGGGAGCUUUUAUAAUCUUAAUUAAUUUAAGUUUAAGAGAUCUCAAGAAGAAAAACUUGCAAGAUAAAGUGGCAAAGCUGAGGGAAGACCCAAAUAUAUGUGACUGAAGAUCGCUUUCUCCCGGAAAAUCAAAAAUAGAGGUAAGAGAAAAACAGGUUGAUCUUCAAAAAUUAAAAUAUAAAAUACAAGAAGCAAGAAAUGCGUUAGGGAAUAAAUUCAAUAGAGCGACCGCGACUCCUAAAGAUGAAAAUUUUGCUAAAUACACAAAAUCAGAUUUCGCAAAUAGUGACAGUUUCAAUGACAAUAAUGAGCUCAUCAAGCAUAUUCGGCGCCUUGAGGAUCAAAUUUACCAGCUUGAAGAAGUAAACAAAACAAUAAGAAAAUCACUAGAUUUCGCUAAUGAAGAGCUUUCUAGGCUUCGUCAAGGAAAUUUUUCAAAAGAAGACUCAGAAAAACUGAAAAUAAUUGAAGCCCAGUGAUAUGAAGAUUCUGCAAAAAAAGAAGCUGCAGAAAAAGAAGUGCUGCAGCUAAGAAAAGAAAUAGAAACCAUGAAAGAUUUAAAUGGAUAUCUUGAAGAAAAAUUAAAAGAAAAAAAAGAAUCUGAUGAAAGUGUGCUUGUAACCUUAAAAAAUCUAUCAAAUGUGAUUUUAUCGAAAAAGAAAUGGAAUGGGAUUGAUAGUGAUACAAGGGAAAAACUUGAUAUUUUCUUCGGAGAAAAUAUGAGCACACUAGUCGACUCUUAUGAAGAAAAAGUUAAUUUUCUGGAGAUGGAGAGAGAAAAGUUUAAAAAUGAGGUAAAAGAAACGAAAGAUUCACUUAUAGGAAUUCUUGAACAGCUAAUUGAUACAGAUAAAGGUGACCUCAGAAUCUUAAGCCAAUUGCAAAGAAAUGAUACUAGAGAUGCUUUAAUUAUGCUUGAGUCUUCAAAAGAUUCAAUAGAGGAGAGGAUAAAUAACUCACGUAAUUGGAUAAGAGAACUUCAAAAAGAAGAAAUUGAGCUUGAGUAUGAAUCUGAAUCGCCAAUACCUAACUCCCUCUCUGUUAGUGGAGAAAAAAAAACUUUGCUCGCAAUGGAAUUAGUUUUCUUUUUUAUUGCUAAUUAAAUUUAAAUGGGGUUAAUUAUGCUUUGGAAAAAAAAAUAAAUUUUAUAAAAUUUUCAUUCAAAGUGCUAGCUUUUUGAAUAGCAUUCCACUCACACUUUCCCUUUUAAAAUAAAAUAAGUUAUAUAUAAAUUGUGACUUUUGAGUAUUAAAUUGGGUAUCAAAGCUAUUUAUAUUUAAAUUGUUAUUUUUCCUAUAAAAAUUAAGUUUUAUUCCAUUUAAAAAAAGUUUUAUUAUCCUGCCUAUAAAUGGAAACUUUAUCAUAUUUCGUUCUUAUUGGGAAGCUGGAAUUUUCAAUUUCCGAAUAUUUAAAAAUAAAAAUUUUAUUUAAUUUAGAGAAUUAUGUUUUAGAAGCAAGCUGUCUAAUUUUAUAGAAUUUGCUAAUAUUUCAUCCUUAAUGUAUAUUACAAUAUUUCUAAACUUGUUUUUUUGCUUGCUCGCAGUUUCCUAAAAAGGAAAGCACUUUUAAAUAAUUUUGCAAUCUCAUAGAGUGUGGGGUGUAAGAGAAAUAUUUCACCUGUAAAACCGCGGGAAGAUUUUAAUUCUUAUGAAGAAAAUUUCAAAAAUAUUAAUAUAAAUCAGCUUGAAACAGAAAUUCAGCAGUUGAAGCUUGAAAAUGAGGAAAUGCAGCAAGUUAUUAAAAAUAUAAAGCCGACUUGUGAGCAGUCUGAUUUUAUAGCAUUUGUUGAAUGCCAAGCAAGUGCUAUUGAAGAGCUUUUGAAAGAUCCUGAAGCUUUGGAAGAAUGGGAAAUUGAAUUUUAA